AGCACAAUGGCGGCGAAACUGAAUCACUUGCAACUUUUUUGUGGUCUGUUAUUUCCUUACAGCAAUAUUGCUACAAAUUAGUCUAACGUUUGCUACAGAGUUAACGUGUGACGACAAUGGCUACAUUUUAUAUGGUCCUUGCGGGUCGAUUUGGAAACCAAGCCGACUACUUUCUGGGGUCUUUGGCAUUCGCAAAAAUGCUGAGUUGCACAAUGGCGGUACAUGUCCCCUACAGUGAGUUCUUCCAGCUAGAGGCCCUGACCCACUACCACUGCGUGGUAAGCCUAGAGGACUUGAUGAAGCAGCUGGCCCCAACACUCUGGCCUAAGGGCAGCCUACUUAGUCAGCUGUCCAGAGGAGUGCAAGACCAGAAGUCCUGCCCCAUGAAGGUUCCCUCCGUCAGAGAGCCCUGUCCUGGUGCCCUGUCCUGGCGCCCUGUCCUGGUGCCCCAGCUCAGUUCCCUGUGAUACAGGAGUAUAUGGGUCUGCAGCAGUAUGUAGUGUAGGAGGGAGGAACAGGAACCAGAUCGCUGCUCAGCUGCCCAGGCCAUAUGUGGACGUACAGCUGAGGAUCGGUUCUGGUUGGAUGAGCUGGGAAUACACACAAAUACACACACUAGGUCCGUGUGGAUCAGUCGAUGAGCUGGGAACACAAAUACACACACUAGGUCCAUGUGGAUCAGUCGAUGAGCUGGGAACACACAAAUACACACACUCAGUCGAUGAGCUGGGAACACACAAAUACACACACUCGGCCCACGUGGCUCAGUCGGUAAAGCAUGACCAUGUGUUAUAACCCCCUCACCAUGACCAUGUGUUAUAACACCAUGACCAUGUGCUUCCCGGAUCUGGCUGAGAUCCGCCGGGCCCUCAAGCUCUGGGUCAAGAAAACCUCUGCCUGUUCUGUUUACAUCGCCACAGUCCCAACUCACUAAGAUCCUAAAGUUCUUCCAAUAAGGUGAAGGUGGUGAGCUUCAAGCCAGACUUGGCCCAGAUGGACUUGUACAUCAUAAGCCAGUCUGACCACUUCGUUGGGAAUUGUGUGUCCUCCUCUUCCUGUUUUUGUCAAACGAGACCGUGAUGUCCAUGCCCGGCUGUGGUCUUUCUUCUUGAAUGGAUUAAGCUGGAAAAUUUAACAAGCAAGACGAGCUGUGAAGAUUUGCCCUUCCUGGGUAGUCCAUGACAUAUUGCUUUUAGAAUGGCUUUUUAAUCAUGGGUGAGGAGGAAGGACAUUGCAGUGUAGGAAUGUGAUCCAUACUCACUAUUACAGUGAUGUGGUGAUAAAAAUGUUUUUAGUCAACUCUGAUCACCAUUCGCGGGGAAUAAAGUAAAGCUCCCAUUUUG